AACAAACUUUCUCCUCCUCCUUUCUUUCCCCUCCCUCUCUCCUCUCUUCUAUUUUCUUCCUCCUCCUCUCCUUUCCUCCCCUACUUCACCUUCCUCUACCCCACUCCCCCCUCUUUUCCCUUUUUCUCAUCUUCUCUCCUGCUCUUGUCCCCUAUCCUUUCUUCCUCUCCUUCCCCUUUCUUCCAUUCCUCUCUCUCCCUCUCCUCUUUCCUUUCUUUCUCCUUUGUUGUGCAAUAUUUCCCUUAUUUGGUAUCUGAGCAACUCCAAUUUUCUAAUAAUACAUACUUUCUUUUCAAUUUCUUUCCCGUUUUACCCAGUCCAUCAUUUCAUAAUUGUACAUUUAUAUUUAUAAUCUUUCUUUCUCAACCCCUAUCCCCUUUUUCCAUUUACUCAGGUGUCAUCUGAGUUUCUAUUUCUUUUUCCUUUCCUUCUUUAUUCCGCCUUUUGCUACCUUGUAAGCGACUCAACUCAAGGCGCCAACUUCAUAACAACCGUCCUGUGAGGUUGUGCAGAUCUUGUUCAAAGGCCUGGAGGCUAAACCAUAUGAAGAACGGUUGGAGGAUUUGGGUUUGAUGUAAAAAAACGGGAGGCCUCUUGAGAGCUGAAUGGCUUGAAAAUCAUCUCCCAGCCUCUCUGUGCAACUCCUCCAGAUCCCAGGACUGAAAAGACCUUUGGAAACCCAGGAGAUCCGCAGGGCCCUUCUGGAUCCCUGUCAGAGAAAAGGCCCCAAAAUGGAUGCAAACCAGCCAGCCUGGAAGCGAGUGGGAAAAGGCCCUGUUGCCAUUCAGCCUGGGAGCUUUGGGCAGCUUUGGGCAGGACCUGGGCAGAAAAUCCCAGAGAAGGAAGCUCUCAGUUCUGAGAUCCAACAUUGGCACUUCAGGAACAGCCCUCUUCAGGAGACUGAGGGGCCACGAGAGCUUUGCAGCCGCCUUCAUCGCCUUUGCUGGGGGUGGUUGCAGCCAGAGAAGCACACCAAAGCUCAGAUGUUGGACCAGGUGAUCUUGGAACAGUUUCUGGCCAUCCUGCCCAGGGAGAUGCAGUGCUGGGUGCGGGAAUGCCGAGCAAAGACCACUUGCCAGGCGGUGGCCCUCGCCGAAGGUUUCCUACUAAGCCAGGCAGAGGAGAAGGGAAUGCACCAGGUUCUGAGGUCCUUCAUGGAGGUAGGGACUACUUGCCCCGAGGAAAGGGUGAAUCCCACAAUUCCCUCUCAGGAGCCAUGUUGUAGGGGACUCUACAAACCGGAAGAUCAAUGUCAAGACACCUCAAUAGGGAACAAAAUGGAGUCAUUGUUAUUCAUCCGAUCAUCUCCUUGUACUAGUGGAGCUAAAAGAACAGCUGGACCUUCAGUUCAGGGUCCCGUAUCCUUUGAGGAGGUGGCUGUUCAUUUCACCAGUGAAGAGUGGUCGCUGCUGGAUUCCAGGCAGAAAGCCCUGCAUCAAGAAGUCACGUUGGAGGCUUCUAGGAUUGUAAACUCUUUAGUUGAUGUGCAGAAAAAUGAAAAUUACCAAGAGCCUAGUGUGGUGCCAUCACAAAUAAUCAGAACUGAGAUACAAGAAGAGAUAUCUGCAAGUAAGUGGGGAAGAAGGAGAUAUGAUAAAAAAGGAUCUUACAACUGGAGAGAAAACUCUACUUCUGAAUGUGCGGAAAUGGAACACUUCCAGAUUCAACAUGACUUCAAAGAAAGCAGUAUGAGAAAGUGUCGAGGAAAUGGGAAGAGAUUCAAACCCAAUUUCAGCAACCACGGCAAAAUUGGAAAAAACGUCAACUAUAACACCAAAAUUAUCCCACAUAAAAUAACCCAUGCAAAAGAGAAGUCCUAUAAAUGUAUGGACUGCGGAAAGAACUUUAGGUGGAGAGGUAAUCUUAACUACCAUAAAAAGGUCCAUUUGGGGGAAAAGCCCUUCAAAUGUGCAGAAUGUGGAAAAAGUUUCAUUAUGAACAGUGCUUUUACUUUUCAUAAAAGAAUCCAUAUGGGAGAGAAACCUUACAAAUGCCUGGAAUGUGGAAAAAACUUCAGCACCAGAAGUUAUCUGACCUCCCAUAAAAGGAUCCACACAGGGGAAAAACCCUAUAAAUGUGUAGACUGUGGAAAAAGCUUCAGUAUGAAAAGUUCCUUUACUUACCAUAAAAGGAUCCAUAUGGGAGAGAAACCGUAUAAAUGCCUGGAAUGUGGAAAAAGCUUCAGUAUGAAUAGUUCUCUUACUUACCACAAAAGGAUCCACACAGGAGAGAAACCCUAUAAAUGUCCAGUGUGUGGAAAGAGUUUCAGUAGCAGCAGUUAUCUAACUUCCCAUAAAAGGAUCCAUACAGGGGAAAAACCCUAUAAAUGCAUAGAAUGUGGGAAAAGCUUCAGUUUGAACAGUUCCUUUGCUUCUCAUAAAAGAAUCCAUACAGGAGAGAAACCCUAUACGUGCACAGAGUGUGGAAAGAGCUUCAGUAGCAGCAGUUCCCUUACUUGUCAUAAAAGGAUCCAUUCAGGGUUGAAACCUUAUAUAUGCAAUGAAUGUGGGAAGAGUUUUAUUUCAAGCAGCUCCCUUACUAAACACAUUAGUAUCCACUCAGGGGAAAAAUUAUAUCCCUGCACAGAGUGUGGGAAAAGCUUCCGAUUGAAUAGUCAUUUAACUUCCCACAAGAGAAUGCAUACUGGAGAAAAACCUUAUCGAUGCACGGACUGUGGAAAAAGCUUUAGUAUGAAUUGUUCCCUUACUUCUCAUAAGAGGAUCCAUUCAGGGUUGAAACCUUAUAUAUGCAAGGAAUGUGGGAAGAGUUUUAUUUCUAGCAGCUCCCUUACAAACCAUGUUAGUAUCCACAUAGGUGAGAAACUAUAUCAGUGUUCAGAGUGUGUGAAAAGCUUCAGGUGGAAAAGUCACCUAAUUUCUCAUAAAAGAAUUCAUACAGGUGAGAAACCCUAUAAAUGCACAGAGUGUGGAAAAAGCUUCAGUAAGAACAGUUCCCUUACAUCUCAUAAAAGGAUCCAUACGGGAGAGAAACCCUAUGAAUGCACAGAGUGUGGGAAGAAAUUCAGCAAAAGCCGUUACCUUACUUCCCAUAAACGAGUCCACACACGGGAGAAACGAUAGAUAUGCUCUAAAUAUGGAAAGUUUUUUGUGAAAAACAGAAUCCUUAUGCCUCCUAAUAGGAAUCACAGAAAUGGAAAAUAUAUAUAUACCAUACAUGCAUGAUGUUGAAAACAAGUUUAUGCGGCGUGAUCAACUUGCUUUCCAUAAAAAGUCCCACAUGGGGGAGAUGCCUUUUGGGAUUGAAGGGUCCUGAAUUCCUGUAAAAGGAUUGACUGUAAUAUCAAAUCUAUACAGUAAAGGAAGAGCUUCACUCAAGAAUUGUGAACUGAUGUGUCUUAAAGGGCUACACACAAGGAAAAUAGCAUCUAAGCACAUACUGUCAGAAGAGCUUCAAAUGCUUUUAUUUCUGUGUGCGCCUUGCUUUGCCAUUGCUGCCAUCGUAGGGCUGAGAGAAAGUGACAGGGCCAAGAUCACUUAGUAUCUAAUGUGGGACUAGAAUUCAUGAUCUCCCAGUUUCCAGCCUGGUGUCUUAACUACUCCACCAAGCUGAAUUUUUCAAGUGGAAUAGAAACUUUAUUUUUUGGAAAAUAAGUUAUUGUAGGUACGCAUGGGAGAAACAUUAGAAUGCAUAAAAUACGGGAACAGUUUGAGAAGGAAAUGUCCACUUGGGAAAGGAGUCUAUAAAUGCAGGGAGAAUGGGAAGAAGUUAAGCAAGGGCAGGUCCCUUAGUUCCCAUGAUAGGAUCCAUAUAGAAGAACCACAAAUACAUGUGUGGGAGAAGAAUUAUCAAGUUGGAGUCUUUAGAACUUAAGUAUAAGGAGCUCUUAUUUCCCAGAAAAAGUUUCACAUAGGAGAGAAAAUAUAUAUAAAUGCAUAGAACAGCAAGAAAGUCAGUCUUUUUAUCUGUCUUACAGUAUUUCCCAUAAAAGAAUCGACUUUAAGGAUCCAGUAAGUACAAUGCUCCCACAUAAAAAGUGAACAGUUCAGAGGAUCAUCAUAGGAGAAACUGAAUAAAUGUAUGAAUUAUGGAAAGAGCUCCCGAUAGAUUUUUUUAAUACUAGAGGUAUUACCUAGUUAGUUACAUCUUGCUCACAAGAAUCUUCUAUUACACUGUCCUGCUUAUUAUGCCAGUAUUUGUCAAGACCUGUGCCUGGUCAAUUUGCUUUAUUUAAGUUGUUAACAACUUUCUUAAGUUGUUCUAGGAUCAGGCUGCAGGCUUUAUGAAGAACUAACAUACGCAAGCAAAGCAGGGGAAAAUGUUUGUAUAUGUAUGUAUAUUUUUAGCUCUAAUUGUAUUGAAAAUACCAAUGUUCCUUUCAAGUAUUUCAGCUGUUUGUUUGUUUUUUCAUAUAUCAUGAUGUGUAUUACUUGUGGUUUAUCUGUGAAACAUCUUUUCCAGGUGUUUAGAUGUACAUGUCCAUUUGGUUGAGUAUGUGUCUGGCUAUAAAAUCAUAUUCCUGCUGUAAGAAGUGUGGCCAGUGAGUUUAUGAUUGCAAGUAUUGUCGCUUUACUUUAAAAAUGUUUUUAUGGCUCCAACAGUGAAUUCAUAUGAACAAUAUUUUUUAAGGAGGGAACUAAACAGCUUGAUUUAAUUUACUCAGUGUCUUCUAACCAGGACCAUAUUUUCUAACAUCUUAUCAAAAAAUACCAUUCAUCUCAAAGUGUGUGUGUGAGUGACAGAAGACAGAGAUGCUUUCUGGAUUUCUGUUACAUUCCCAAACUGCUGAAUUUGUCCAGGAUUUCAUUAUCACUUUAAUACCAUUGUAUAUUUUGUGAUAUCAAGGUAAUCAGAAACCUCAAAUCCUAUUUGAAAUUUUAGGGCACCGUGGCACUGCCAAUUGGAGAAAUCUUGUGUUGGCGUGAUUGUGACUGUUUUUUUUAACCUUAAUAUAGCUUUAAAAAUGUUUCUGCAUGUUCUGAUUAACUGUAUUUCUCAUUUUGAAAGGUUAUUAUAAUAAAUUAUUGGAAACAGU